AUUAUAGGGAGCACUACACAUGCGCUGAAGUGCCAGCUUUCUUCCUUUUUGUGUUGUCUGCUUUGUGAGAAAGGCGUCAAUUUCAACAUCCAAGAUGGGUAAGGAAAAGACUCACGUUAACAUCGUCGUUAUCGGCCAUGUCGACAGUGGAAAGUCUACUUCCACUGGCCAUCUCAUCUACAAAUGUGGUGGUAUCGACAAGCGUACCAUCGAGAAGUUCGAGAAGGAGGCUCAGGAGAUGGGCAAGGGAUCCUUCAAGUACGCUUGGGUGUUGGACAAGCUGAAGGCCGAGCGUGAACGUGGUAUCACCAUCGACAUUGCUCUGUGGAAGUUUGAGACCACUAAGUUCUAUGUCACCAUCAUUGAUGCCCCUGGACAUCGUGACUUCAUCAAGAACAUGAUCACAGGAACAUCCCAGGCCGAUUGCGCUGUCUUGAUCGUCGCUGCUGGUGUUGGUGAGUUCGAGGCUGGUAUCUCCAAGAACGGCCAGACCCGCGAGCAUGCUCUCCUCGCUUUCACGCUCGGUGUCAAGCAACUGAUCAUUGGUGUGAACAAGAUGGACUCCACCGAGCCACCCUACAGCUCUGCUCGUUUCGAAGAAAUCUCGAAGGAAGUCUCGGGCUUUAUCAAGAAGGUCGGAUACAACCCCAAGGCUGUUGCCUUCGUCCCCAUCUCUGGAUGGCACGGUGAUAACAUGAUCGCGCCCACCGAGAAGAUGGCCUGGUACAAGGGAUGGGAGAUUGAGCGCAAGGAGGGUAAGGCUUCCGGCAAGACCCUUCUUGAGGCUCUUGACGCCAUCCUCCCGCCGUCUCGUCCAUCUGACAAGCCUCUCCGUCUUCCCCUUCAGGACGUGUACAAGAUCGGCGGUAUUGGAACGGUCCCCGUUGGUCGUGUUGAGACUGGUACCCUCAAGGCCGGUAUGAUUGUCACAGUUGCCCCCGCCAUGGUGAGCACUGAAGUCAAGUCUGUUGAAAUGCAUCACGAAACCCUCACCGAGGCUCUCCCCGGUGACAACGUCGGUUUCAACGUCAAGAACGUCUCAGUCAAAGACAUCCGUCGUGGUAUGGUUGUUGGUGACUCCAAGAACGACCCACCCAAGGAGGCCAAGAACUUCACCGCUCAGGUCAUCGUCUUGAACCACCCCAACGAGAUCCGUGCUGGUUACACACCAGUGUUGGAUUGCCAUACCGCUCACAUUGCCUGUAAGUUCCAGGAGCUUCUGGAGAAGAUUGACCGACGUAGUGGUAAGAAGCUUGAGGACAUGCCCAAGGCUGUCAAGUCUGGUGAUGCUUGCAUCGUCACCAUGAUCCCAUCCAAGCCCAUGGUCGUUGAGCCCUUCACCAACUAUGCUCCCCUGGGACGUUUCGCUGUCCGUGACAUGAGACAGACUGUUGCCGUCGGUGUCAUCAAGGCCGUCGAGAAGGUCGAUGCUACUGCCAAGGCAACAAAGAGCGCCCAGAAGGCCGGAAAGAAGAAGUAGACUUUUUCUUAACUUUACCAUACCAUCGAUUUUUUUAUUCACGCUGUCAGUUGUACCGUGCUGUUUUUCCAUCUCACAAACAGACCCAUAAAGAAAGAAAUCAGUAAAAAACCAA